GACUUUGACGGAAAGCGCAGCAGCUUUUGAAAGCCGGGCCAAGGAAGUUGGUUUUGUCACGGCCGAGACCGAUGCUUUGAAAACCGCUGGGAUCAAUUCUCUGGCCCGCCUGGAUUUUGCACUUUGCCCACCGGGACAGACCCCUAGCGAUGCCCAGGUCGAGCAGGUAUUGGGGAACCCAGCAAGUGGGGUAUCCGCUGGCACUAAAGCUGCAGUGAAACGCCUUGUGUUUGAGGCCCAUACUCUGAUAGUUGCAGAGCUUCAGCAAAAAGUGAAGCAUGGGGACGAAGGUGUGGCGUCCACUUUGGCACACGCAGAACGUGAAUCAAGGAUUGCAGCCCAGAAGUCUAGAUUGACCGGCCUCCUUAUGACAGCCGAUGAAGAAUGCUCUCACGACAGCUAUAAUCUAGUUCACUCGAUGAUGCAGCAGGACUCGCUCCUAUACCUUCAUCCAGAGAAAUUCGCCACGCGUCGGGCGGAACUUCAGAGCAAGAAGCCGUCCAAUGAAUUGGUCCUUGAUUCGAAGCAAGGCGUCACGGUCCUUCGAGCCGAUAGGGCGGCGUUUACCCACAUCGCCGAGUCCAUCAAGUCUCUGAAGAGGAACCCAGACGGGAGUAAGCCACUAGACGCGGCGUUGGCCGCCUGCAUUUCUGACCCGAGCGUUGCUUUUCACUUGCUUCCGCUUCCGCAGAGCUCCUCCUCCGUCCCUGACAGGCCCAAGAAGCGCAGGCGCGAGGACUCUUCUAAGGGUCGUGGCAAGGGUAAAGGCCGCGCUUUUUCCACGAAAGGGGUGAGAGUGCCAAAGGAGUUGAUUGGCAAAGCCUGGCAGACCACCAAAGGGCAGCGUAUCUGUUGGGACUACAAUCUUGAAAAGGGUUGUACCGCGGAACAGCUCAAAAAUGCCGGUGUUGUCUUCCCUCCUCUCCAGUUGGAGGAUCUGGAUGACGUUGUGCGAGCUUCCCGUGCAUACUCGGGCCAGCAGACCCGAAAAGCUUUGCCUCCCAUGGUUCCAGAAUUUCGUUUGUGCGUCACUGUGGAAGGGCAUUUGGUGGACCUUGCGCCUGAUUCUGACAUGCAACGAGGUAGCAGGCUGGACCCCGAGAGCAAGGGUGAUUCCUCCAAGUGUUUCAUUACAGGGGCAUAUGUCUUCAGUGGCAUGGCGGGCGUCAGAUCGGUAUCAUUUGAUUACCCAUGCCUCACGGCUGCACUUGUGCGAUACGUGGUGCAGCUUGACCCCACGCACACAUUCACUUCUGUGGCACUUUUCCGGGAUUUGAAGGCCCUCCCGCGUGCCGAUGUCUUCAAUGAAAAGGGGUCGGUGAAUCUGAUCUCGCCGCUAUCAGUGUUCUCUGGAGGCGACCUGUGGGUGGCGGACCCGCAGGGGUCGCAGGUGCUCUCUGUGAAAGGCAAAGAGGCUGAUGUUUCUUACCUCAAGGUCUUGGGGUUCAGGUUCCCUGAUGAUGUCCUCCAGCCGACACUUCGCCCCGAGCAGGAAGCCAAGGCGUCCGUUGCGUGGCAGCAGGGAAAAGCCGUGCUCGGGGUGUAUCACAGCCCAAGUGAGUUUGUGGAGGCGGCGCUCAGAGUGCAGCGCCCUUCCAGCUUGGAAGUCCUUGUGCCCGCCGAGCUAAGAGAAGCUGUGCAUCGGAACCUCCAUGCCGCGCCGGAUGUCCUGGCCAAAGAGCGCGCUGAAACCAUCCGCAAGUGGAUUGCUUGGGGAAAUGAACUACAGGCUGAGGAAGACGAGCUCAAAUCCUCUAUGUCACCACAUCGCUCAAAGAUUCUGGCUGGUAAGAGGCUGAAACUUUUUGAGAAGGUUUUAGCCAGUACGGGCCAUCAGGAUUCAAAUUUGGUGCGGGACAUUUCGCAAGGUUUCAGUUUGACGGGUAGAUUGCCUCGUUCCGAAGUGUUCAAGGAUUGCUUUCGUCCGGCUUCCCAGACAGUUGAGAUGCUGCGAGCCAGGGCGGCCAGAGCGAGAGCGGCGACCUUGGCCACCUGUGCUCCUUCGGAUGUUCCGGAAAUCGACCUGGGAGUAGAGGAAGCGACGCUCAAAGAAGUUUCGGAAGAGGGCCCCAUGACGGUAGAUCAGAUUCCGGCGGACGCCAUGCUUACCCGAAGGUUCGGGGUGAUCCAGGGAGAGCUCAAUGGUAAACCGCGUGUGCGUCCCAUUGAUGAUUACAAAGCCUCGCAAGUCAAUUCUUGUGUGACCCAGUCUGAGCAGAUUACAAUCCACACUCUGGAUGUGAUUGCAGCCACCGCGGCUUUUGGGGUCGCCAAGAUCACCAACACCGAAAGCCGUCGCAAGGAACUCCUAGAGGCUGUCUCUUGGUUCGGUAGCCAAGUCGACCCGAAGUGCAUUGAUCUCAUCCUAGAGGCCCAGGGUGAGAUGAGGUCCACAGCCAUAUAUGAGUUGGAGUGCGUCGCAGUGGCGGUUGCGCUUGAGAUGUUCAAAUCCUUCCUGAUGCACCGAUGCGUUCUGCUCUUUACAGACAACCAGGGCGUUCUGGGCACAAUGGUCAGGUGCUGGUCGGACAACAG